AUGGUUCACUACUCGUCUUCAUAUAUCAAUAAGAUCACAGAAGAUUGCAUAAACCUUUAUCAGAAUAUACCUAAAAAUGGCAAACCUAUUGAAAAUGAGUGGACUGUUUUAUCUUGUGUGAUUGAAGUUGAUAAAAUAUCAAAGAACAACAAAAUAGUUGCUCUGGGAACAGGUUCAAAAUGUAUUGGAGCUACGAAGAUGUCACCAUUAGGUAAUAUACUAAAUGACUCUCAUGCUGAAGUAAUUGCUAGAAGAGGUUUCCUUUUAUAUUUAUAUAAAAACAUUUUAGACACUAUAAAUGAAAAAUCCUCAAUAUUCAUAAGAGAAAACGAAAAAUUUAAAUUAAAAGAUAACAUAGAAUAUUUGUUUUAUUCAUCACAGAUGCCUUGUGGGGACGCUUCGAUCAUACCUAAGUCUGGUGAACAAGAUGACUAUGGAGAUUUAAUUAUUAAUAACAAGAGAGCAGCUAAUAUUGAUAUAUGUGAGAUAGAAAGUAAGAAAGUUAAAACCGAUAUACAUAGAACUGGAGCUAAAUGCUUAACACAUAGUAACCAGGAUCCAAAGGAACCUGGUGAUAAAUAUCACCUAAUAGGCCAAGUAAGAACAAAACCGGGUAGAGGAGAUCGUACAUUAUCGGUGUCAUGCAGCGACAAAAUUGCUAGAUGGAUCCAUUUAGGCAUUCAAGGAGCAUUAUUGAGUUUAAUUUUACAUGAACCAAUUUAUAUUAAAUGCUUUAUAUUCGGCUCAAGAACACCUUUUUCUAAAGAUACCUUACACAGAGCACUAAUAUAUAGGGAUAAUGAAGAUGUACUGGAGAGAAUACAAAUAAUUCCUGAAUUUCACAACUCCUCGAUAGUGUUUCCGCAUAUUAGAACUGCUAAUAGCAUCAGACCAGCAGCUGGCAGUAUAAUAUAUGUUAACAUAAACAAUGGAGAAGGUAGUGUAGGUGGACUGGAGCGGUGGACAGUCGACAGAUCCAAUUACAUCGUAGUGCGAAUUAAUUUACAGUACAAGGCGCCGCGGCGUCGCUCUCACCUUGACAUGUCGCGGACGGACCCAGAACCUACAGGUUUGCGUAAGCCCUUAACACGGCUUAAGGAUUAA